UUGUCUCUCUUCGAGGCUGACUCUGUUUAUUUAAAGGCUUAAGGUGGCGGCUUCUUGGAGUCACAUUAUUAUUCCACAGAUGGGCAAAGCCUCUAGCUCUUCCUCUUCCUCUAUCAGCAGCAACAACCACCCCCUUAUCUCAACUGCUUCAUCCCUCACCCGCCUCCACCACUCUGACCUUCCUACAGAUCUCAGGCUUGGCCUCGGCAUUUCAGCAACUCAACAUGUCGGCUCUUCUGUUUCAAGGGGGCAAGCAACAGAUUGGAUCCCAAACCAGCGUGCUCAUCAUGCGGCAGAAGUAAAUGAUUGUGGUGAUCAUGGCAGCUUGUUUGUAAAGGUGUACAUGGAAGGCAUUCCAAUAGGCAGAAAACUCAAUCUGGUAGCUCACGACGGCUACCAUGGGUUAGUGAGGACUCUGGAAAACAUGUUUGACACUACCAUUCUCUGGGGGACAGGGAUGGAUGGGGUGCAACCAGAGAGGUGCCAUGUGCUAACAUACGAAGACGAAGAAGGAGAUUUGGUCAUGGUCGGUGAUGUUCCGUGGGAAAUGUUCCUCUCAACAGUGAAGAGAUUGAAGAUUACGAGGGUAGACGCAUUCGGGUGUUAAUUUUCAGAUAUGACAGUGCAGCCUGUGGAUUUGGUGGUUUCCAAUUUUGUCCUAUAGCUCUAGUGGUAGCGAUCUGUGAUGAGAUGUGAUCAGGAUUAGGGUAGUGGUAGGCAAAGCGUGCUGAAAGCUAUAGACGUAUAUGCACAGCCUCAAAACUUUGUCCUUUUUCUUUAGUAAAAGAAAGUGGGAAAGAGUAGUUCUUGUACAUUCUCA